AUGGGCGACAUUGGCAGCGUAGAUACCCAGCCCAUUGAGGUCGAUGUGCUCAUUGCAGGCGCGGGACCUACGGGAGCUUCCCUCGGCUGCUUCCUCGGAUCGCACGAGUGCCUUCGAGAAAUUGGAAUCGAGGAAAAGGCGCGAGAGGUAGCGUGGCCCGUGUCAGAAUACUCGACGUAUACACGUUUCUGUAAGACAUUGGUUGGCGAGGAAAUCUAUCGCGCCCACGUCUUCGGCAAUGACCCCCACCGUCAUGGUGACUACUUUGAUGCCAGUCCAUCCAAGACGCUCUGUCUCUGCCAGUCGGAUCUCGAGCCGCUGCUGCUGGAAGAUGCCAAUAAGCGCGGCUUUCCCAUCCGCUGGAAUACGCGUCUAGUGAGCUUCACCGAGGACCCGGAGAAGGGAACCGUCACCAGCACCCUUGAGAACACAGCCACAGGCGAGACCUACACCGUGAGGUCAAAGCAGCUGGCUGGUGCCGAUGGCCCGGAUAGCACAGUGGCACGUCAGCUCGAUCUCCCCAUGGUUCACGGCCCGGGUAAUGGCUUCGUCAUUAGUAUCUGGGUCGAGGCUGACCUCAAGCACUUGACUGAGCACAACCGCGGCCUUCUACACUAUCUGGAUCGGCCAGACAAGCCACAGCCUGACUACGGUGUUCUGGGUAUCGCUCACUUCAUCAGGCCCUGGAAUGACUGGGUCAUUUCGCUGUUCCCUCACCCUUCGUACAAGAAGCUCGAGGCAACCGAAGAGCAGAUUCUGGACCGCAUGAAGGAGCUUGUCGGCGACGACAGCGUCGAGUACAAGAUCAAGGAGAUCAGUACCUGGAGCUUCGAUGAAGUCUACGCAAAGCACUACUCGUCGCCAUCAGGCAACGUCCAUGCCCUCGGCAACUCCGUCCACCGCCACCCUCCAUUCGGCGGUCUUGGAAUCAGCACUUGCGUGGAGGACUCGUACAACCUGGCGUGGAAGAUGGCCUACGUGCUCAAGGGUAAGGCCAACAAGUCGCUGCUGAGCACCUACAACCAAGAGCGCCAACCCGCCGGCCAGUACGUCGUCGACCGUACCAACGAGAACGGCAGACUGAACUUUGGAUUCUAUGCGCAAUUCGGGUUCCUCGGAGAGCCUGGCGUUGAUCGACGCGCCGACAUGGAUAAGCUGCUGAAGGAGGACUCAGCUGAAGGCGAAGCCGCCCGCGAACGGUUCCGUGCCGCCAUCCGGAACCUAGGCGAUGAACGCCACUGCAUCGGCGCCAUGAUGAACCAAUGGUACAAGUCGUCUGCCGUGUACACCGACGACGAGACGCAGGAGCCAGAGUGGCCAGCCAAUGUCUCCGAUCGAUCAACCAAGCUGUACACCAGCACUUACCCGGGCUGGCGUGUACCGCAUGCGUGGCUGACGCCACCGCAGGAGGGAUCAGGCCCUCGACUGCCUUUGGUAUCUACGCGGGAUGUCGUUGGGCACAACCGCUUCACCAUCUUGACUGGCAUCGGCGGCAAGCCCCUUUGGUCGGCUGCCGCUGACGAGGUCAGCAAGGCCACGGGAGUCGAGAUUGCCGUUGCAAGCAUCGGCUUCGGUCAAGACUAUGGUGACACCUUCUUCCGCUGGCAUGAGGUCAGGGGUGUCAGUGAGAAGGGCGCCGUCUUGGUUCGUCCGGAUCGAACGGUUGCCUGGCGUGCGCAGGCUCCGCUCGAGGAUCCAAAGGCAAAUGGUGACAAGCUGCACCUUGUCAUGAAGAAGGUGCUUGGGCUUGAGUAGACCCUCUCCGGCUACGGACG